GGCCGGGACCGAGACCCGGGCGGCUGAGGCGCGCUCGGAGCGCCGAGAGCGCGCGGCCCGGGCAGCUCGGUGUGCGCCCCCGCGGGGAGCCGGGGCCCGGCCGGCCGGACGCCAUGAAGUACCUGAACGUGCUGGCCAAAGCCCUCUACGACAAUGUAGCCGAGUCCCCAGAUGAGCUCUCCUUCCGCAAGGGCGACAUCAUGACGGUGCUGGAGCGGGACACACAGGGCCUGGACGGCUGGUGGCUCUGCUCACUGCACGGGCGCCAAGGCAUCGUGCCUGGGAACCGCCUCAAGAUCUUGGUGGGCAUGUAUGACAAGAAGCUGGCAGGGCCUGGCCCUGGCCCACCCACCGCCCCAGCCCAGCCCAGCCUCCUACAGGGCCUCCACACUGCGGUGCCCCCGGCCUCCCAGUAUACACCCAUGCUCCCUGCUGCAUACCCACCACAGCCCGACAGCGUCUACCUGGUGCCCACUCCCAGCAAGGCUCAGCAAGGCCUCUACCAAGCCCCUGGGCCCAGCCCUCAGUUCCAGUCACCCCCGGCCAAGCAGACGUCCACGUUCUCGAAGCAGACACCCCAUCACCCAUUUCCCAGCCCGGCCACAGACCUUUACCAGGUUCCCCCAGGACCUGGAAGUCCUGCCCAGGACAUUUACCAGGUGCCACCUUCCGCUGGAAUAGGACAUGACAUCUACCAGGUCCCCCCGUCCAUGGACACACGGAGCUGGGAGGGGACAAAGCCAUCAGCAAAGGUGGUGGUGCCCACCCGAGUGGGACAGGGCUAUGUCUAUGAGGCCUCCCAGCCGGAGCAGGACGAGUACGACAUCCCGCGGCACCUGCUGGCCCCAGGGCCCCAGGAUAUCUACGAUGUGCCCCCUGUUCGGGGACUGCUUCCCAGCCAGUAUGGCCAGGAGGUAUAUGACACACCCCCCAUGGCUGUCAAGGGUCCCAGUGGCCGAGACCCGUUGUUGGAUGUGUAUGAUGUGCCCCCCAGCGUGGAGAAGGGCCUGCCACCAUCCACCCACCAUGCGGUGUAUGAUGUUCCUCCGUCAGUGAGCAAGGACGUGUCCGAUGGCCCUCUGCUGCGGGAGGAGACCUAUGAUGUACCUCCCGCCUUCGCCAAGGCCAAGCCCUUUGACCCAGCCCGCCACCCGCUGGUCCAUGCCGCACCUCCUCCGGACUCAGCGCCAGCUGAGGAUGUGUAUGACGUACCGCCCCCUGCCCCCGACCUCUACGACGUGCCCCCUGGCUUGCGGCGGCCUGGCCCUGGCACCCUCUAUGACGUGCCCCGGGAACUGGUGCCUCCUGCUGAAGUGGCUGACAGCAGUGUGGUCGACGACGGUGUGUAUGCUGUGCCCCCACCAGCCGAGCGAGAGGCUGCAGCCGAUGCCAAGCGUCUUUCGGCCUCGAGCACGGGCAGCACGCGCAGCAGCCAGUCUGCAUCCUCCCUGGAGGCAGCGGGGCUGGGUCGGGAGCCCCUGGAGCUGGAGGUGGCCGUGGAGUCCCUGGCUCGGCUGCAACAAGGAGUGAGCUCCACUGUCACUCACCUCCUGGACCUGGCAGGCAGUGCUGGUGGGGCUGGGGGUUGGCACAGCACCCCAGAGCCUCAGGAGCUGUCCACGCAGGACUUGCGGGCUGCUGUGGCUGCCGUCCAGGGGGCUGUCCAUGAGCUGCUGGACUUUGCCCGCAGUGCCGUAGGCAAUGCUGCCCAUACUUCUGACCGUGCUCUACAUGCCAAGCUUAGCCGGCAACUGCAGAAAAUGGAGGACGUGUACCAGACACUGGUGGCCCAUGGUCAGGUCCUCGACUGUGGCCGGGGAGGCCCAGGGACCAGCCUUGAAGACUUGGACCGCCUGGUAGCUUGCUCACGGGCCGUGCCCGAGGAUGCCAAGCAGCUGGCCUCCUUCUUGCAUGGCAAUGCCUCGCUGCUCUUCAGACGGACAAAGGCCCCUGCCCCAGGGCCUGAAGGGGGUGGCUCCCUCCACCCCAAUCCCACUGACAAAGCCAGCAGCAUUCAGUCGCGGCCCCUGCCCUCACCCCCCAAGUUCACCUCCCAGGACUCACCGGACGGGCAGUAUGAGAACAGCGAGGGGGGCUGGAUGGAGGAUUAUGACUACGUCCACCUGCAGGGGAAGGAAGAGUUUGAGAAGACCCAGAAGGAGCUGCUGGAAAAGGGCAACAUCACGCGGCAGGGGAAGGGACAGCUGGAGCUGCAGCAGCUGAAGCAGUUUGAGCGACUGGAGCAGGAGGUGUCGCGGCCCAUUGACCAUGACCUGGCAAACUGGUCACAGGCCCAGUCCCUGACCCCAGGGCGAACGGGCAGCCUGGGGCCCUCAGACCGGCAGCUGCUGCUCUUCUACCUGGAGCAGUGCGAGGCCAACCUGACGACGCUGACCAACGCAGUGGAUGCCUUCUUCACUGCUGUGGCCACCAACCAGCCGCCCAAGAUCUUUGUGGCACACAGCAAGUUCGUCAUCCUCAGCGCCCACAAGCUGGUGUUCAUUGGGGACACACUGUCACGGCAGGCCAAGGCGGCAGACGUGCGCAGCCAAGUGACCCACUACAGCAACCUGCUGUGUGACCUCCUGCGUGGCAUCGUGGCCACCACCAAGGCUGCUGCUCUGCAGUACCCAUCGCCCUCUGCUGCCCAGGACAUGGUGGACAGGGUCAAGGAACUGGGCCACAGCACUCAGCAGUUCCGCCGGGUCCUAGGCCAGCUGGCAGCUGCCUGAGGGCAAAUGACCUGAAGAAUGGAGGCAGGGGGAGGGGGUGGCCACGGUCCAGCUGCCCCCGGUGUCUGUCUUGAGAGUCCACAUGCUGCAGGCAUGGGGACAGGAAGCCCCAGCUCUGCCUAGGGCCUGGUGCCCCAGACUGUCCAGGGAUUUGUACAUAUUUAUGGCAGGCAGGGCAGGAUGUGGGACAGUGCUGCCUCAGAGGAGCCAAAACCGAGGAGCCAGCUGGUGGUCUUCCCUGAGUGCACUGCGGGCCCAGGGAGGGUCACCACACUGGGGGUGGGGCCACAUAGGGCCCUCAACCCCCACGGCCUUGUGGGACCUCUUGGGCUGACCCCAGCCCCAUGAAGGUGCCCUGUCCCCAUGACAGGGCAAAUGUAGCUGUGGUGUUCCUUCUCUACACCAGGAGAAAACCCUAAAAACCUAUUUUUCAUUAUUGAUUUUCCAAUCAUUUGACUAAUAGUCUACAUUUAAAUAAAAUUUUUAAAAUGAAAA